ACUUUUCAAGUUGCAACAAAAAGCUGAGAUCUUUGUUUUCCUAGAGAGAGAAAUUAGUUUGUGCUAGAAGAAUGAGGUCGUUUGUGAUAGUAGCAAUCAUGAUUCUCCUUAUCCCAAGAUUAGAAGAUGGGUUUUUUGAUCUUGAAUUUUUGGAGAAUUAUUAUGCUGAAAAUGAUUUGAAUGAAGAUGAAACUAGUGAUGAUGAUAAUUAUGAUGACGACGAACAUUGGUUAGAAACAGAAAUUGAUUAUGAAGUAAAAUGGUUAAUGGGCAUUGAGAGCACGGAGUGUGAAAAAUCAAGUGACAUCCAAAAUUUAACCCUUCUUUCUACAAGACGAUAUGGAAAGGCUCUCGUGAUUGAUGGGCUUCUACAAUCUUCCGAGUUAGAUGAAUAUGUUUACCAUGAAAGCUUAGUUCAUCCUUCUCUUUUAAUACAUCAUGAGCCAAAAAAUGUGUUCAUCAUGGGAGGUGGUGGAGGGUAUGCUGCAAGAGAAGUCCUCAAGCACAAACAUGUUGAAAAAGUUGUAAUAUGUGAAAUUGACAAGGAAGUUGUUAACUUGUGUCGUGAACAUAUGACGGGAAUUCAAGAUACAUUCAAUGACAAGAGGGUCCAAAUUGUGUUUAACGACGCAAAGGAUGAAUUAUUAAAAUGGGAAGAGAAGAUUGAUAUAAUAAUAGGGGAUGUUUGUGACCCAAGUGAAUCAAGCCCUUCUAACAAUCUCUAUGUAAAAUCAUUUUAUGAGCAUGUAGUCAAACCAAAGCUCAAGGGCAAAGGCAUCUUUGUCACCCAAGCUGGUCCUGCUGGGAUUUUUUCCCACAAAACUAUGUUUUCACUUGUAUACGUCACACUAAAGCAAGUUUUUGCUUAUGUGGUUGCAUACACUGCUUUGGUGCCAUCGUAUGGCGAUGCAUGUGGGUGGAUUAUGGCUUCAGACGAACCCAUUAACAUUGAAGCUAAACAACUAGACAAAAUGAUUGAUGAAAGAAUUAGGGGAAGUUUAAAGUAUCUUGAUGGAUCUAUCAUUGCAGCAUCGACAGUCCUUAACAAACCCUUGAAAAAAUCGCUUGAUGAAGAGACUUAUGUAUUAACCGAAGAAAACAUAUGUUUUGUUCGCGGGCAUGUUCAAAAUUAGGCUAUAUUUAUGGGCUCUUAUAUGUAAUAUAAUUUCAUUAAGAAAUUAAUAUAAUAAAUUAAAGAGCUAUUAAACAAAUUUCAAUCAAAGAAUAUGAUUCUCUUUAUCAACAAAAUAUUUCCAUUAA